GCGGCGGUGGACAGUGAGAAAGACGCCAGUGGGAGCACAGCCCCAGCCCUGCCCCAGCGACAGCUCUGGUGUUACUGCUAUCACCACUGUCCUGAGGACUCCACCAACAACACCUGCAGGUGUGGGCCCAACACACACACACACACACACCUACACACACACACACACACACUAUAUCCUACACAUAUAUUUGAUGCAUGUUUUAUGCUGUCUCUCACCUCAUCACCUUAGCACAUGUAGAUCCAACACUCUUGCCAAUCCAUAUUCACAGUGCUGAUCUCAGAUCAGAUCCUCCCUGUCCAUAUAAUCUUAUUCAUGAUGAUCUAAACUGAUCCUAGACCAGCACUCCUACUUUGAAACGCUUUGUGAAUAUGGGCCAUUGAAAUUAACUUACUUUCAUACUCUCCUUAGGCUAUAUUGAUAACCAUGGAAGAUUGCUAAAGCUUUUCAGUACUUCAUCUUAGUGCAGGAGGCUUACAGUAUGAUUAACGGUUUCAUGUGUAUUUUUCUGCAUAAUGCAGUUGUUUGUUUGGAGUGAAAACUUGGCAGGGUGUGUGGCGCUUGUUCGCUGACACAUUCGCUCCAAUGUGUUUUCCCCUUAGCAACUCAACACUCAAAUAAUCCUUGACGUUCCAUAGUAUUGCCUGAUGUGCUAAUUAGUUUAACGCACACACUGUCACACACAAUAACAUCAGUGGCUAAUUACUCUGUCUCUUGCCAACUUUGAAUAUAAAAUGAAUUAAUCAUUAACGUCAUGAAACAGAAAUCCUCUGGGAUAAUAUUGAACUUGAAUAACAACCCUGGAAGUAUUUUAACGUAACCUGUUAGUAAAACCACACAAACACACACAUAUUCACUCACUCACUCACUCACUCACUCACUCACACUAUAUUUGUGAAUACUUUUUGGGGACCAACAAUUGAUUCCCAUUCAAAAUAAUGUUUUCCCUAAACCUAAACCCCUAAGCCUUUUUACAAGUGAGGACCGGCAAAAUGUUUGUUGGUUCACUAUUCUUGUCAGGACUUCUGAUAAUCACAAGUAUAGUAAAACAUAUACACACACACACCAGUUGUGAAUGGUACACACACAGUUGACUAAUUAGCACCGAUCACUAAUUAUUUAGAUGAAGCUGUUGAUAAUAUACAUUAUUAAUAAGUACAUGAAGUCAUUGUGCUGGAAAUACUCCUGAGUGGCGCAGUGGUCUAAGGCACUGCAUCGCAGUGCUAACUGUGCCACUAGAGAUCCUGGUUCGAAUCCAGGCUCUGUCGCCGCCGGCCGCGACCGGGAGACUCAUGGGCGGCGCACAAUUGGCCCAGCGUCGUCCAGGGUAGGGGAGUGAAUGGCCGGCAGGGAUGUAGCUCAGUUGAUAGAGCAUGGCGUUUGCAACGCCAGGGUUGUGGGUUCGAUUCCCACGGGGGGCCAGUAUUAAAAAAAAUAAAAAAAUAAAAAUAUGUAUUCACUAACUGUAAGUCGCUCUGGAUAAGAGCGUCUGCUAAAUGACUAAAAUGUAAAUAAUUAAAAAUGACUGAUGAUAAUUGUAAUGCUUAUUGAUGGAACUAUUAGUGCUAUUAGUGGGAAUGUAAUGCGUUGUGUUGUGAUCUAGGACGGAUAAUGGUCUGAGUAAUGGUGAUAAUGCAGGUAGAUCAUGAUCAUAUGAUGAUACAGAUGGUAAUGCAAUGCGUUGUGAUUUAGGACGGAUGGGUACUGCUUCACCAUGGUGGAGGAAGAGGAGGGAGGGGUCCCUGUCCUCACCUCAGGAUGUCUGGGUCUGGUGGGAUCAGAGUUCCAGUGUAGGGUAAGUCUAAAGACCACUCCACCACAGUGAACGCACCCCACUCCAACACAGUGAAACCACUCUGUGAUGUAGUUUCCCCUAGGUACAGAUCUAGGAUCAGAUUCCCCUCCAUCAUUCCUAACCUUAACAAUUAAUGGGGGAAAUGCAAAAAACUGACCCAGAUCAGCAUCUUGGGGUAACUUUACCAUACACCAGUGAAUCCACACCUCUGGACACUGACAGCAGCUCCCACCACCUGGGCGAAUUGGAACGCCGACUGCCAGCCAGGCCUAAUCGCCCAGCAUCACUAAUGCUCUUGUGGCAGCAAUGUUCCAACAUCUAGUGGAAAGCCUUCCCAGAAGAGUGGAGGCUGUUAUAGCAGCAAAGGGGGGACCAAUUUCAUAUUAAUGGCCAUUAACUUGGAAUUAGAUGUUCGACGAGCAGGUGUCCACAUACUUUCGAUCAUGUAGUGUAGUCAGCACACCGCAAACACAUCUUCAAUUGAUCAAUGUAUUGUCUGUACGAGGUGUACUCCAGGCGAUAUGUGCCCAUUUUGGGUCAAAACGUUUUCAUAAAAGCAUGAAAGUUGCUACACUUGUGGGAACAGCGUGGGAAAUUGAACAGCAACAGUAGCUGAUGUAUUCAUAUGAUGUAACUGUGCUUCCAGGACACAGGCAACUCCCGACUGAGAAGAUCCCUGGAGUGCUGUACUGACCAGGACUACUGCAACAAAGACCUGCACCCCACCCUGCCCCCACUCAAAACACUGAGUAAGAUCCUGCAUACACAAACACUCGCAUACUGAGACAGAAGCUGAGACAGAAGCUGAGAAAGAAGCUGGGACCGAGACAAAUAGCAACACAGACAGAAGUGACAGUGAGUUACCAGUGACAGUGAUUUACCAGUGAGUUACUAGUGACAGUGAGUUACCAGUGACAGCGAGUUACCAGUGACAGUGAGGUGACAGUAUCAGGGGCCAGUGAGUUACCAGUGACAGUAUCAGGGCCCAGUGAGAGAAGUGACCGUUGCCAGUGACAGUGAGUUACCAGUGACAAUGUCAGGGCUCAGUGAGUUACCAUUGACAAUGUCAGGGCUCAGUGAGUUACCAUUGACAAUGUCAGGGCUCAGUGAGUUCCCAUUGACAAUGUCAGGGCUCAGUGAGUUACCAUUGACAGUGUCAGGGCCCAGUGACUUGACAGUGACAGAGCGCAGUGAGUUACCAGUGACAGGGCCCAGUGAGUUACCAGUGACAGAGCGCAGUGAGUUACCAGUGUCAGGGCCCAGUGAGUUACCAGUGACAGAGCGCAGUGAGUUACCAGUGUCUGGGCUCAGUGAGUUACCAGUGACAGAGCGCAGUGAGUUACCAGUGUCAGGGCUCAGUGAGUUACCAGUGACAGAGCGCAGUGAGUUACCAGUGUCAGGGCUCAGUGAGUUACCAGUGAGUGUCAGGGGCCAGUGAGAGAAGCAGGUGAAAUGGAGCCGGUGAAUUCAGCUGCAUAGCGCCGCUCCUCUGCAGUGAUUGGCCCACAAUCGGCCCAAGAGAGCAUUAGCUAGGGUUUCCGUAGCAGACCCAAAACUGGAUAUAUUUAUUCUGUUCUUUUUCGUGUGUGUGUCAGACUGAAAGGGUGUGUUGGACUUCACACACGGGGCAGGUCCAGGGUCUGUUGGACUUCACACACAGGGCAGGUCCAGGGUCUGUUGGACUUCACACACAGGGCAGGUCCAGGGUCUGUUGGACUUCACACACAGGGCAGGUCCAGGGUCUGUUGGACUUCACACACAGGGCAGGUCCAGGGUCUGUUGGACUUCACACACAGGGCAGGUCCAGGGUCUGUUGGACUUCACACACAGGGCAGGUCCAGGGUCUGUUGGACUUCACACACAGGACAGGUCCAGGGUCUGUUGGACUUCACACACAGGACAGGUCCAGGGUGUGUUGGACUUCACACACAGGGCAGGUCCAGGGUGUGUUGGACUUCACACACAGGACAGGUCCAGGGUGUGUUGGACUUCACACACAGGGCAGGUCCAGGGUCUGUUGGACUUCACACACAGGACAGGUCCAGGGUCUGUUGGACUUCACACACAGGGCAGGUCCAGGGUGUGUUGGACUUCACACACAGGGCAGGUCCAGGGUGUGUUGGACUUCACACACAGGACAGGUCCAGGGUGUGUUGGACUUCACACACAGGGCAGGUCCAGGGUCUGUUGGACUUCACACACAGGGCAGGUCCAGGGUGUGUUGGACUUCACACACAGGGCAGGUCCAGGGUGUGUUGGACUUCACACACAGGGCAGGUCCAGGGUGUGUUGGACUUCACACACAGGGCAGGUCCAGGGUGUGUUGGACUUCACACACAGGGCAGGUCCAGGGUGUGUUGGACUUCACACACAGGGCAGGUCCAGGGUGUGUGUGUGUGGCAGUAAGAAUAGAGUCCCAGAGAAAGCAGAACUCCCAGCAGACAUGGCCAGCAAUGUCAUCAAUCUGAAACUCUAGCAGCGGACUUCAGGAAGAGAUCCUGUCCAUCAGGACUAGGGUUCCCUCAGUUACACACACACUGUGGUGUCCCCAGGGACCAGAGUGAACUAGCUGAGAGAGUAUAACAUGUUGGACUAACAAUAAAUUACCUUUGAAAUCACAUGACUUAAUGAUGACUGUUUUUGACUGUUGUCUCUUUCCAAAUCGGACUCAAAGUUCAAACUUUUCCCAUAGCAGAGGGAUGUGUGGCCCUGUUUGUAUUGAAUAUGUCAUCUGUUACUUAUAUGAAGUGAUCAGUUAUUUCUCUCUCCCCCCUCUUUCUUCUCCCCCUCCUCCUCGCUCUCUCUCCCCUCUCUCCCCCCCCCCUCUCUCUCUCUCACUCCUCCCCUCUCUCCCCAUCUCUCUCUCUCCCUCCCCCUCUCUCCCUCCCCCCUCCCACUCGCUCUGUAGAUUAUGUGGAUGGGAACAUUCACCACAUGGCUCUGUUCAUCUCCGUCACUGUGUGCAGCAUCAUCCUGGCUCUCAUCAUUCUUUUCUGCUACUUCAGGUGAGACUCAGUUUGCCUCGAGAUAAUGUUUAGAACAGCGCUGCUCAACCCUGUUCCUGGAGAGAACGUUUAGAACAGCGCUGCUCAACCCUGUUCCUGGAGAGAACAUUUAGAACAGCGCUGCUCAACCCUGUUCCUGGAGAGAACAUUUAGAACAGCGCUGCUCAACCCUGUUCCUGGAGAGAACGUUUAGAACAGCGCUGCUCAAACCUGUUCCUGGAGAGAACGUUUAGAACAGCGCUGCUCAACCCUGUUCCUGGAGAGAAUGUUUAGAACAGCGCUGCUCAACCCUGUUCCUGGAGAGAACUUUUAGAACAGCGCUGCUCAACCCUGUUCCUGGAGAGAACUUUUAGAACAGCGCUGCUCAACCCUGUUCCUGGAGAGAACUUUUAGAACAGCGCUGCUCAACCCUGUUCCUGGAGAGAACGUUUAGAACAGCGCUGCUCAAACCUGUUCCUGGAGAGAACUUUUAGAACAGCGCUGCUCAAACCUGUUCCUGGAGAGAACAUUUAGAACAGCGCUGCUCAACCCUGUUCCUGGAGAGAACUUUUAGAACAGCGCUGCUCAACCCUGUUCCUGGAGAGAACAUUUAGAGCAGCGCUGCUCAACCCUGUUCCUGGAGAGAACAUUUAGAACAGCGCUGCUCAACCCUGUUCCUGGAGAGAACUUUUAGAACAGCGCUGCUCAACCCUGUUCCUGGAGAGCUACCUACCGUCUUGUAGGUUUUUGAUCCAACCCCAGUUGUAACUAACCUGAUUCAGUUUAUCAACCAGGUAAUUAUUAGAAUCAGGUAUGCAAGAUUAGGGUUGUAGUGAAAACCUACAGGAGGGUAGCUGUCCAGGAACAGGGUUGUAGUGAAAACCUACAGGAGGGUAGCUGUCCAGGAACAGGGUUAGGCAGUCCUGUUCUAGAAUGACCGCUCACCCAUGUCAUGAAUACGUUUAUCCCCAAUAUACAGUACCGGUCAAAAGUUUUAGAACGCCUACUCAUUCAUGGGUUUUUCUUUAUUUUUACUAUUUUCUAAUUGUAGAAUAAUAGUGAAGACAUUAAAACAAUGAAAUAACACAUUUGGAAUCAUGUAGUAACCAAAAAAGUGUUCAUCAAAUCAAAAUAUAUUUUAUAUUUGAUUUUUCAAAUAGCCACCCUUUGCCUUGAUGACAGCUUUACACACUCUUGGCAUUCUCUCAACCAGCUUCAUGAGGUAGUCACCUGGAAUGCAUUUCAAUUAACAGGUGUGCCUUGUUAAAAGUUAAUUUGUGGAAUUUCUUUCCUUCCUAAUGCAUUUGAGCCAAUCAGUUGUGCUGUGACAAGGUAGGGGGGGUAUACAGAAGAUAGCCCUAUUUGGUAAAAGACCAAGUCCAUAUUAUAGCAAGAACAGCUCAAAUAAGCAAAGAGAAAUGACAGUCAAUCAUUACUUUAAGACAUGAAGGUCAGGCAAUACGGAACAUUUCAAGAACUUUGAACGUUUCUUCAAGUGCAGUCGCAAAAACUAUCAAGCGCUAUGAUGAAACUGGCUCUCAUGAGGACCGCCACAGGAAUGGAAGACCCAGAGUUACCUCUGCUGCAGAGGAUAAGUUCAUUAGAGUUACCAGCCUCAGAAAUUGCAGCCCAAAUAAAUGCUUCAUAGAGUUCAAGUAACAGACACAUCUCAACAUCAACUGUUCAGAGGAGACUGUGUGAAUCAGGCCUUCAUGGUCGAAUUGCUGCAAAGAAACCACUACUAAAGGACACCAAUAAGAAGAAGAGACUUGCUUGGGCCAAGAAACACGAGCAAUGGACAUUAGACCAGUGGACAUGUGUCCUUUGGUCUGGAUUCCAGAUUUGAGAUAUUUGGUUCCAACCGCCGUGUCUUUGUGAGACGUGGUGUGGGUGAACGGAUGAUCUCUGCAUUGUAUUUCCCACUGUAAAGCAUGGAGGAGGAGGAGUUAUGGUGUGGUGGUGCUUUGCUGGUGACACUGUCUGUGAUUUAUUUAGAAUUCAAGGCACACUUAACCAGCAUGGCUACCACAACAUUCUGCAGCGAAACGCCAUCCCAUCUGGUUUGGGCUUAGUGGGACUAUCAUUUGUUUUUCAACAGGACAAUGACCCAACACACCUCCAGGCUGUGUAAGGGCUAUUUUACCAAGAAGGAGAGUGAUGGAGUGCUGCAUCAGAUGACCUGGCCUCCACAAUCCCCCAACCUCAACUAAAUUGAGAUGGUUUGGGGUGAGUCGGACUGCUGAGUGAAGGAAAAGCAGCCAACAAGUGCUCAGCAUAUGUGGGAACUCCUUCAAGACUGUUGGAAAAACAUUCCAGGUGAAGCUGGUUGAGAGAAUGCCAAGAGUGUGCAAAGCUGUCAUCAAGGCAAAGGGUGGUUAUUUGAAGAAUCUCAAAUAUAACAUAACACCUUUUUGGUUACUACUUGAUUCCAUAUGUGUUAUUUCAUAGUUUGAUGUCUUCACUAUUAUUCUACAAUGUAGAAAAUAGUAAAAAUAAAGAAAACCCCUUGAAUGAGUAGGUGUUCUAAAACGUUUGACCGGUACUGUAUGUACAGUCCAUUUGUUCAUCCAUGCUUAGAACAUUCAUUCCACUUUGGGAACAAAUGAAUCAGAAAGUGUUAUUUUAUUGUGCUUGUUUUACCUGAUGAAUCCAGAGGACGUAUUGUUUGUACUUUGAAUGAAAAUAAUUUAACACAACGAAGAAUCCUAUAUCUCUGUGAUAUGACAUGUUUUCUAGUUGUGUAGUCAAUGAUUGAAUCAUCCAGAAUUGUGAUAUUACUUACAGACUACUCCCAUGAAAGGGUUGUUUGAUGUAUACUGGUGUGUGUGUGUGUGUUGCAGGUACAAGCGCCAGGAGUCUGGGCCACGCUACAGCAUUGGUCUGGAGCAGGAUGAGUCCUACAUCCCCACGGGAGAGUCUCUCAGAGACCUCAUAGAACAGUCCCAGAGCUCAGGCAGUGGCUCAGGUCUCCCCCUGCUGGUGUGUUGCACACACUGCAACUCCCAACCACCAGCUCAAUGGUCGCAUCCCAGUUAUCUCUCCUUCCUCCCGAAGUGUGCAUUUGUUCACGUCCCUUCACCGAUUUGAAAGUAAAUGACUGGUGUAAGAAAUACUCCCACUAGCCCAUGUCUCGACCAAUUCAAUGCUUUAGGUUUGUGGGAAGUAGUGAAGGACUGUACACUUCAGGAGAAAGGAGAUAUUUGGAGGACACCCACAAUGUCUUAGAGGCACCAUACACACCUAGGUAGAACAACUGAUGAACAACACAUUUGACACAAUGAUACAACUAAUGAACAACACAUGUCACACAAUGAUACAACUGAUCUUUUUGUGGUACGGUUUGUCAGUCUGUACAAAAAUAUACAUGAGCUGUGUCUCCACAACGCCUUUGUAAUUAUUUUUUGUGCAGAGAAAAUAUCCAUUGUAUCACAACCGUUCUGCCACGUGUUGCACGUCAAUUCAGCACCACUAGAGUCCGUGCAGAGCCGUAGAGAGCCUCACACAGUUUGUAUGCUCAUGUAUAUGCUCUGUCAUUCUUUCAAGAAAUCAACAACUUACCCUUUAAUCUAAUCAUUUUUCCUUCCAAGUUAUUUCUACAUUUCUACAACCUUUUUAAACUGAUUUUAAAUGUAUUAUUAAUCCUUUAUUAAUGGCUAUUCAUGGUGUACUUUUCAGUAUUUUCCUUGCCCACAUAAUUGUUUGGAUUUAUAAAUAAUAAUUGAUUGGAUUUAUAUAGAGCUUUUCCAGUGCUCAUAGCACUUUACAUAGUAGGGGGAAACUCACCUCAUCCACCACCAAUGUGAAGGACCCUUGUCUGACAUCCCCUCCCCUCCCCUCUCCUCUCCUCUCCUCUCCUCUCCUCUCCUCUCCUCUCCUCUCCUCCUCCCAGGUGCAGCGCACCAUAGCCAAGCAGAUUCAGAUGGUGAAGCAGAUUGGUAAGGGUCGCUACGGGGAGGUGUGGAUGGGCAAGUGGAGAGGAGAGAGGGUGGCCGUCAAAGUGUUCUUCACCACCGAAGAGGCCAGCUGGUUCAGAGAGACUGAGAUUUACCAGACUGUCCUCAUGAGACAUGAGAACAUACUGUGUAAGGAGAGAGAGUGUGUGUGUGUGUGUGUGUCUGUGUGCGUGAUAUAUACAUAUGAUGUAAUGCUAUAAUAGUGCUAUCAUGUUCCAAACAUGAACGUUUGAUAAUGUUCUACAGUUCCAUAUCUCUCUACUUCCCCUGUGUCCAUCAGGCUUCAUAGCGGCUGACAUCAAGGGCACAGGCUCAUGGACCCAGCUCUACCUGAUCACAGACUACCAUGAGGGUGGCUCUCUGUACGACUACCUCAAGUCCACCACUCUGGACACCAAGGCCAUGCUGCGGCUGGCCUACUCCUCAGUCUCAGGCCUCUGCCACCUCCACACAGAGAUCUUUGGUACCCAGGGCAAGCCGGCCAUCGCCCACAGAGACCUGAAGAGCAAGAACAUCCUGGUAAAGAAGAAUGGAGCCUGCUGCAUCGCUGACCUGGGCCUGGCCGUCAAAUUCAUCAGGUAGGGAGGGAGCGUGUUAGUGUGUGCGUGCAUGUCGAUUGAUUGUCCUUCAUAAUUGAUUAAUUCGAUUCAACCAAACUAUUUGCAUGAGAGCAUCAUAGUGUCACAACAGACAAUAUGUUGAAAAGGUGAAAUACAAAAAGGAAAAAAGAACUAACAUGGUCUCCCUCUGUCCUUCUCUCCCUCCAUCACUAUCUCUCCCUCUGUUCUUCUCUCCCUCAUCACUAUCGCUCCCUCUGUUCUUCUCUCCCUCCAUCACUAUCUCUCCCUGUUCUUCUCUCCCUCCAUCACUAUCUCUCCCUCUGUUCUUCUCUCCCUCCAUCACUAUCUCUCCCUCUGUUCUUCACUCUAUCCAUCACUAUCUCUCUCAUCUAAUCGAACAUGGUCUCCCUCUCUUUCUCUCUCUUCCUCCCUCCAUCCCGAUCUUUCCUUUCUGCCAUCCCAGUGACACCAACGAAGUGGAUAUCCCUCCCAACACCAGGGUGGGCACCAAGCGCUACAUGCCCCCCGAGGUUCUGGACGAGAGCCUCAACAGGAACCACUUCCAGUCCUAUAUCAUGGCCGACAUGUACAGCUUCGGCCUCAUCCUCUGGGAGAUCGCCAGGCGCUGCGUCUCAGGAGGUAAUCUAACCCAGUAGUUUCACCCUAGACACUGAUCUCGGGUCAGUUUUGCAUUUCCCCCACUUAUGGUUGAGUUUAGGAUUGGGGAAGGGGAAGCUGAUCCUAGAUCUGUACCUAGGGGAAACUGUCUCACAAGGUACUAUAGCUCUCUCAGCAAACACACCGACUUUGGGCAAAAUUCGAUCAAAUCCGCAUUGUGGUAUUUAUGUGUUCCAGGUAUUGUAGAGGAGUACCAGCUACCGUACCAUGACCUUGUGCCCUCUGACCCCUCGUAUGAGGACAUGAGAGAGGUGGUCUGCAUCAAGAGGUUACGACCUUCCUUCCCCAACCGCUGGACCAGCGACGAGGUAAGCAAGUCACACACACACACAGUCACGUAAGCAUGCACAUACACAAGCAUGUAAACACACCAACCAUUCACAGUAGAGUGUGUAGUACACAUACACACACACACACACACACACAAACACACAAACGUUGGUUUAUCCAAACUCUAGAGCUGUGUUUUUCUGUGCCCUCUACAGUGCCUUAGGCAGAUGGGCAAGUUGAUGACGGAGUGUUGGGCCCACAACCCGGCCUCUCGCCUCACGGCGCUGCGCGUCAAGAAGACCCUGGCCAAAAUGUCAGAGUCUCAGGAUAUUAAACUGUGACGGCGGGGAGGGACACUCCAGGCGUGGGGAAACACGUCACCACGGACCGACAGCCAGCGCUCUGCUCCGCUCUACCCACAGUCCUCUGCUCCGUUGGGGGUCAGGAGGACCAGAAGCCAGCAGUGCACCGCAGAGAGCCUCACCCCGGGCCACGGUCACUCAGAGAGAAGGAGAGAACCGCCCGGAACCCCUGGAACUGUCAUGAUGAACUGCUUGUUUAUAUACUGAAGACCUGGGGCAGGUAGUGCCUUUUUAAAGCAACCUGCUAAGAUCUCAUUUGGUUGACUUGGACAAAGAGGACACAAGCCAAGUGGGUUUUAUUUGUGCUUUCUGUGAAAGCAGCUCUAGUUUCGGAAGACGGGCCAGUGGUGGCCGGAGGAAGAGGGAGGUGGGGAACUGCAGGAGGAGGGUGGAGGGUGACCCCUUCAGGCGCAUCACAGGAUGA